AUGAUAAAAGAAAAUGAGUUUGAAGAGCCUACUCCAGGCACAGUUGUUUCUUCCCGUCGUAGAUUCAAUUAUGAGCAGACACAGAAAUUGUUGGAUGAAUUCCAUUGCAAUCGCAACCCUAGUAAAGUAGAGAUGGAGUCUAUUACAUUCGGUGUUCUACAACGCAAGAAUGAUUCGGACGUGAGACGAGUCAAUCAGUGGUAUCAAAAUAGAAGGGCGCGGGAAAACAAAAAGCGAUGGCUUAGGAUAAAAAAUUUGGUGACAGAAGACAGCAGUGAUACAAACCUAUCUUAUCAUUUUAGUCCAACACUGAACGCAGAACAAAGUGUUAGCAGCUCGCAAUCCUCAACACCGAAACUUUUGACAAAGCAAGAUAUUACCACCGCUCUGAAAACAGUAACUGAAGCAUUUCAGGCCGUUCCCAAGCAAAACUUUUUUCACGUUUUGGGAACAAAAGUAUUUCGCUCAAAAUAUUUGCUUGGGAACGGCCUUAGUAUGGUAUACGAUGACACUACCACGGAUAUAUUGAAAGAGUUCCAGCAGGAGUUUUUAUACUCACUGCCGUAUUAG